GCAGCCCCGCUGCCCCGGGGGCGAUGCUCUUGUGCUGCAUGCCCGGCGUGGCUUUCGUGCCCGCCCUGCUCGUCUGCUGGUCCUCGGCCGCCUUCAUCAUCUCCUAUGUGAUCGCCGUGCUGGCGGGCCACGUCGAGCCCUUGGUGCCCUACAUCAGUGACACUGGAACUAAACCUCCUGAGAGCGGUGUCUUUGGUUUUAUGAUUAAUAUUUCAGCACUUCUAGCUUCAAUUACAAUGUACAUCAGAUAUUUAUUAAUAGAGAAGCAAAAUGAAUCAUCACACUUUGUUAGGUCUUCAUGCAAUAUGUUUACAUUAUGUGUGGGAUUGAUGGGCUGCACUGGAAUGGGCAUAGUUGCAACUUUUCAGGAGCUGGCUGUUCCCAGUGUCCAUGACAUAGGAGCUCUGGUGGCCUUUGGCUCGGGUGUUGUGUACAUCACACUUCAGUCUAUAAUCUCCUACAAGUCCUGCCCACGAUGGAACACUUACUUUGUGUGCCACAUAAGGAUGGCCAUUUCUGCCAUAUCAUGCAUUGCUUUCAUUCCCAUGAUUGUGUUUGCUUCAAAAAUUUCCAUGACAAAAAUUGAUUGGACUCCAGGUGAAAAGGAUUAUACUUACCAUUUUAUGAGUGCAAUCUGUGAGUGGACAGUGGCCUUUGGUUUCAUCUUCUUCUUUUUAACAUUCAUUAGAGAUUUUCAGGAAGUGGGACGCAGCGAAAUGAGGAGAAACAUGGAAAGAGGGGAAAGGGAAAGUCAGAGGCAAGUCAGUGAGGCAUCAAGAAGGAGCUGGAGGAAGCAAAAGGAGCAGGGCAUUCCUCUCGGCAGGUGAUUCCUGUGUGAUAAGGAAGAUAUCUGCUGUAAAAUGGCCAAAGUAUGGCAUCCAAAAUGGCAUGGCUCAGCUGAUUGUGUGACAUUAACUGUGGCACACACACAAACCAUAACCUCUUUUCAGAAAGGAAGCCCUUUCAGAGCAAGGUGGGGCUCACAGCUCCUGCAGUGAAGAUUUUGGGUCAGCAGAGCCCCAUUGUGUGUCAUCUGGCACAGCCUGCUCCUGACAGCCUGUCCAUUCAUUACUUAUCACACUGUCCCAGCAAAGGCAUCUGACAAAAGAAUCCAGUGUCAAAUACUUGGGCAAGAUUGAGCAAUCCAGCCCCCAGGAGAGGUGAGAUUAGCAACACAGGGAGCAGCAGCCAGCUGGGGCCAGCCAUGGGUAGCUGUGCUUGGUGCUGCUGCUGGCUGAGGCUCACUGCAAUGCCAGGACAUCCUGUGGAGAGUCACAGCAUGGGAUGGAGCAAAGGGAUGGAUGCCCAGGAGGGACAGGUCCUGGAAAAAACAGCUAGUGCAGGGUGGGCUGCUGUGUGUGACGAUAUGGACACAUAACUGAAAUGGAAAAAACAUCCCUAAGAGCAGAAAGACGAAUUCAGUUAUGCAACACACUCUGUUUAUACGGCACAAGGAAAGUUUGUACUCCCACCUGAUUUCCUGAGGAUUGCCUUACACAACACCAGCACAACAUGGCCCACUUGUGAGCACAAUAUAAAUAAGUCCCAAAGAGAGCUGUCCUAUUGUUCCUGUCCUCCCUGCCAAGGCUUCAGUCACCACAAAAGCAUGGCAUCUCUCCUGAUCCAAGCUGGUCACAUUUUGAAAUGUUUUCUGGUAACUUAGAGCAAGAAGUUCAGGGAAAUGAACAGAAUUUGACUUCCUAGGAAGCUUGGGCAUGUGCCUGGCUGGCUUUGGUUUCUAAAAUGCAAGUUCACCUGGGCAUUUCCUACAGCAGGGCUACAGUCCACACAGCGUUAUGCUUAUAAAACAUUACUGGAACAAAGGAAGCUCUGUUUGCUGCACCUCGGGUUCUACCUGCUAGUCAGACCUCACUGUUGAUGAAUCAGUGUUGUGGUGUUCUGCUGAUGGAAACAUGGCUUGAAUAAAGAAAAUCCAGGUGACCAUCCUAUAGUUGGGCUUAGGGCUGUAACCAGAGGGGUUAAAGGCCCAGUCUCAGGGGAAAGCAUGAAUGGGGUAUUGGGUAACACCUCUUGUGGCAUGGACCACUUGGGGUACAAGAAGGCUUCAGCUAGGGAUGUUUCAGCUCAAAUGCUGUUACACCAUCUCUCCUUUUUACUUGGUUAUUUUUUAUCAAAUCCAUAAGAACCCCACUCUUUGGGAUGCCUUCCUCUCAUCCCUACCCAAAUGUGACUGAAACUAGCCAACAGGUUCUGCAAGUUGAGGGAAACUAAGGACAGAUGUGUAUAAAGUGAUGGUUUUUCCGCAGUAAAUCAAGCUAAACACUUUUCACAAUUGAAAUAUGCAGAAAGCAUCAGAGUUAUCCUGUAAAAUGGGAGAGCUCAAAAGACAGCUUGGUUACAAAUAUGGCAAUAGGCCAGCUCAACAAUGAUUGAAGAGCAAGGAUGCCAGGAGGCUAAAAGAACAGCAACAAAGCCUCACACUACAACAGAAGAGGAAACAAAUACAAAAGCCAAGUAAGAGGCAGGGAGAAGCUACAGGAACAAAAAUACUACUAAUAAACUCCCACCG